GCCACAUUGCUUACUGCGAAUAACGGUGCUUAAGCUCAAUCAGAGUCGUUCGUUAAAUGGUUUUGUUUGUUUGCAUAUAAUUUUGUAUUUUUUAAUUGUUUUCAUAUUAGUGAUUGUUUUGUAAAAGUUAAUAUGGCUGAAACACGCGUUGUUGUGCAACUCACUGAAAACCAUGGCAGCGAUCAAGAAAAUGCCGCCAGCAUUGCAGAUGAUGUUCCCUUUGGCGGCGAACUCAACGUGCUGGAUAAGAAAACAUUACGUUUAUUAUGCUGCCAAAAUGCAACAAAACCUCAAGUGAUGGUGGCCCAAAAACUACGCUUCGAUGCACUUUACGUCAAUAACAAUGAAGAGCACAAACUACGUGAACUAAACACUUUGCUAAACAAUCUGUUUGAGGAGCAACGCGACUGUUUGUUGUUGCAUCUGACAGCUCAACGUGGAUACAAUUUAAUGUUGCUGGUCGACACGCUGAUUGUGCAGAUCAAUGUGAAGCUGCAACAGCAAUGCUUGAAGCUAGUACAAUGCGACAUGCACUACAGACACAUUGUCGAAGGCAAUAGUUGCAAUUCGUUGGACGCGCAUUGCGUAUUCCAGGAUACAAAGCAAUUGAUGGCCUGGCUACUCAACGAGUAUCGUUUGCGCACCUCGUUAGCCCAAGGACACGAAGCCUUCCAGGUGGAAUACUCGGUAGUCCACCCGGAGCAGGGAUAUCGAUUCAGUGUCAACUUGCACAUUGUGCUUGUGGCCAUGGAGGAGCUUUGUCGCGGCACUUUGUGCAGUUUCCGUUGCUACUUCAGCAAUGAUCCCAUCUCGGCUGCUCUCUCGAUCACCGAAUUGACUUCCUAUGUGCGCCAUGCAGGCGAACAGGUUGCAGACAAGCCUUUGUACUUGCUGAUGUUGUGUCACGUGCUGGUCACCGACAGAAAAAUCAGUUGUAAACAUGUGCAGAUGCUUGGUCUGGCCAAUUUGGCUUGCAAGCACGAGCAGGAUCAACAAAAGGAUCACUACGAACCGCAGGCAAUCACUCCUAUUUCAAGCCACAAUCCUCUCUUGCAAUUUGAGCAGCUUAGCAACAGUUUGAAGGAGGUCAAUGAUUGCUUCAAGCUAGUCCAAGGAUUCAUGUUGCAGUAUCAAGAACAGGAGCAACAACUGCAGGAUAUUCGCCAGAGUUUCAAUCAGGAAUGCAGCAACUUUGUGCCUGCUCUGCUAGCUUCUAAAGAGCAUCUGCUACAGGUUGUGAAUUCAAUGACGCAGCAGUAAAAAACAUAUAUUUAUAGUUCAU